AGCCCUGAUAACUAGCUCAAAGCGGCUUUUGUGCAGUUCUGCAGCGAGUGAUGUCAUAGGCACAGUCAAGUCUUCAUCGUUUCUGCUGGACAGCCUAGCUCACUGCCCUGGUGCUGUAGGAGCCAGCUGGGUGCUGGGCGGCAGCGUGCCAGCUCUCCAGCACUCUGCAUCUGUGACCAUGGACACAAGCUUCUUUCCCGGCAACCACUGGCUUUUCUUUUCAGUGGAUCUGUUGGUGUUCCUCGUGGGACUACCCCUCAACGUGAUGGCCCUGGUGGUCUUCGUGAACAAGCUGCGUCGCCGCCCGGUGGCCGUGGACUUACUUUUGCUAAACCUGACCAUUUCGGACCUGCUUCUGCUCCUCUUCCUGCCAUUCCGUAUAGUGGAGGCGGCCUGUGGCAUGAGAUGGACUCUGCCCUUCAUCCUCUGCCCCCUUUCUGGCUUCCUUUUCUUCACCACCAUCUACCUCACCUCCCUCUUCCUGAUGACCGUGAGCAUAGAACGUUUUCUGAGCGUAGCCUACCCACUGUGGUACAAAACCCGGCCCCGGCUGGCCCAGGCUGGUCUGGUCAGUGGCGUCUGUUGGUUCUUGGCAUCAGCUCACUGUAGUGUGGUUUAUGUCACUGAAUACUGGGGAAAUGCAACCUACAGCCAGGGGACCAACGGAACCUGCUACCUGGAAUUCCGGGAGGACCAGCUGGCCAUCCUCCUCCCCGUGCGACUGGAAAUGGCCGUGGUCCUUUUCAUGGUGCCCCUGUGUAUUACCUGUUACUGCUACAGUCGCCUGGUGUGGAUUCUGAGCCAGGGAGCCAGCCGGCGCAGGCGUAAGAGGGUGAUGGGGCUUCUUGUAGCCACGUUGCUCAUCUUCUUUGUCUGCUUCGGCCCCUACAAUAUGUCCCACGUGGUGGGCUACGUGCGCGGUGAGAGUCCGACCUGGCGGAGCUACGUGCUUCUCCUCAGCACCCUCAACUCUUGUAUUGACCCUCUGGUUUUCUACUUUUCAUCCUCCAAGUUCCAAGCCGACUUUCAUCAGCUCCUGGCUAGGCUGAUCAGAGCUUGUGUGCCUUGGACUCAGGAAGUCAGCUUGGAACUGAAGGUAAAGAACGGAGAAGAGCCAUCCAAGGAAUGUCCGAGCUAGAGAAAAGAGUGGACCGGAGGAGGGGUGUGGAAAACACUGGCUCAGCGCUUUGGCCAGCAGAGAGCUCUCCGGGGUCAGGAAGGAGUGGGCACGCCUUCGUCUGCAGGUUGUUCCCUACCUCAGACAGACUAGAGUGCACUGUAGACACUGCAGUCACUCAGCUUGCCCUGGGCGGGUGUGCUCGCAUUCGAGACUCUCCAUGUCGAACCCCUUCCCACCCUUUCAUAAGCCCUGAAUUCCACUCUGAAAAGUUGUGGAGGUGAGAGACUUCGCUAGAAGACAGGGCCAAGCCUCUGCCUUGGCUGGCCAGCUUCAGAGCCUCCCUGGGUGGAAAAGGGAGGGAGGGGAUUGCCCAGGGCUGGAGCUGAGCUGAGGACUUGGGGCGGGGGAGGGGUGCGAGCCACUGACUCCUCCUAGCUCCCUAGAAUCCGGGAGGUGGGAUUCCAGGAGUGGGGGAACAACCUGCCAUUGUGAGGGUUUUCCAGACAGUCCCUACUCUUCUGAAAGCUCACAUCUUCUGGGAUACUUAAUGAACAAUGGCGAGCAAUGAGAAAAAUUAUCCCAAUAAAUUCAGUACCUAGGCAAAA